AUGUCUGAGCCAACGGAUAGAGAGGCGCAAGACAAGGCCAACCUAACGAGAAUUCGUGACAAUCAAAGACGUUCUCGUGCUCGACGAAAAGAAUAUCUCCAGGACCUGGAACAAAGGCUCAGAAUUUAUGAGCUUCAAGGCGUUGAGGCAUCCGCAGAGAUACAGCAAGCCGCACGAAGGGUUCUUGACGAGAACAAGAAACUUCGAGUUCUACUUAACGAACAAGGUGUUACUGACAGCCAAAUCGAGUCAUUCCUCCAGGCAUCCAACACCGCUGUUAGUUACACACCCCAGGGACCCACCGCUGCCGAGGAAUCUGUGAUACAAGCCCUCAGUCGACUUUUAGCACCUCGCCAUCCUAGCUUUGACUCUGUGGGCACCCCAUUGAUUUCACCAGGAUACGAUGACGACUCGCGCCACAGUAGUAUCCUAUUUCAUACAACGAAUGCGGACCCUUCAAAUAGUAGGCCGCUUCUUAUUCCGACCGGAGAGUUGCGGCAUUCCGCUCCAUCCCGGACUUAUGGGUCGAAUAGGCUGGACGAAGAUGCGCAAACCUACCAUAGUGCCUUGAGCAGCAGAAACAGUCUCGAUCUGGACGGUAUGACUUUGAACACACCAGUUCAAAGACCGAGCUUGCAUCUUGCACGGCAAUCGAUAUCCGACCCAACGGGAAUGUGGAGCGACACACCGUCUCAGAUCUCACCGGUCUCCACACUUCCAUUGCAGACGAGCCUGAUCUCGCAUAGCCAUACAUACUUGGACAAUGUACAAUACGCCCAGCACCAGGCUCCUGCUUUCUCAUCUCAUUGGCAUUCGGGUUUGGGAUCAGGGUCAACCUCCGGCAGUAGGGGGAUGCUCAACCAUGAUGUACUACCGACGGUGUCUCACGAGUCAUCACAAAUAGACAAUUUUGACGAAAGUAUGGAAGAAAGCGAGUACCAUGGGAGGGGCUUCUGA